UGCACAAUAACCACAGUGAUGCGCUGCUCAGUAUAAAUAAGAUAGCAACAGUUAGCAAAACUCAGUCCAGUUUCCUCUACAAGUUUCCAACGAGAGACAAAAGAUGGCUGGUUAUGUGUGUUUUGGAGCUCUGGGAUUCGUUCUGCUCUUUCUGCUCUCUACUGCUUCUGGGGCUGAGGUUACAAAUCUCAAGAACAUAAUUGACCACCUUCAGAACACCUAUGGAGUUAAUGGUCAGUAUGCUCUGGGCAUUAAUGUCCUAAAUACAUAUUGUACUUCAGAUGGCCAAAUCGACCAGAACUUCCUGUCUCAAGAUGAAGCAAUCCAGGUGGAGAACGACAUUAAAGACAAGAAAAAACGUAUUUACGUUGGUAAAGAGCUAGUUUUUGCCUUACCAAAAACGGUUAAACGUGUAGCUAUACACUCUGAGUAUCGGCUGCUGAGAGACUCCGAUCCCUCGCCCAUGCAAAACCUCCUGAAUAAACGGGGAAAUGGCUGCACGGUUUUCUUCACCUUAAACUCCCCCUGUGUCUACACCUGCUCAACACCUGAAGGCCCCCGCAGCAUCAUCUCAGCUCUCGACAUGUUCAAAAAUCACAACGGUCCAAAAGCUUUUGUUUUCAAUCGGAUUUGGCCUCCUGAUAUGGGUACUACUGAAUGGAAAGAUAACAUACUUCAGAUAGAAGAACGAAUUCCAGUCUAUCUCUGCGACAACAGUGAAUGCAUCCGCUGCGUCAUUAAUAAUGUAGUUAACACUCAGUGCGUUGGCCAAAGCACAAAUGCUCCAAAAGUAGAUUGAAUAAAGUCCCUUAAGAAAAGAAAGCUUGCAACAAAAAAAUAGUUCCUGCUUGGCUUGUGUCUCUUUUUUGCAUUAAUCAAUAAAGAUUCAAGAAGCAUCAAA